AUGGCGGACCGCCUGCACUCUCUUCUCCGCGAGCUCAACGGCCUUUUGCAGUCUACGUCUGCACAGAGAGCGAACGAAGGGAACAACGUUGCAGAAGACAUUUUUCUAAUGUGUAUGUCAAGUUUGUCAGAAUCAGAACUCGCGUACUACUCGUCUCUUUUGUUCAAGGAAGGAGGUCUAUUUACUUUUUUAAGAAACGCUGCUGGAGCGGAUGAGUUUGCAGCUUGCAAGGAGGAACUUCUACGUCUAGUUGAGAAUUAUGUCGGUAAGAUGGGCAAAAAGUUUCUACCUUACGUCGUUUCAGCCAAGGAUGUUUGUGUAUCUUUGUUUACAAGAGAGAAAGCCAGUCGUGUGAAAGCAGCCACUUUUGGUCCAUUUAUUGCUGUUAUUCAGUUGUGUCGUCAUUCUACUCAGAAAGAAGCUCUGAAAAUUGAAAAAGUUGUUGAAAAAUACUUUCUGGCUUGCACUCAACCAACAAAGCACACUGCAACUGUGAGGUGUGGAAUAUAUCAAUUAUUGGGAACAAUUGGUGAAGUGUUUCCGGAAAAGAUGGAGCCUUUUGCUUCCAGACUGCUCACCAUUUAUCUCAGCAACCUCAAGGAAGAGAUGGUUUCUAAGAAGUCAAAGAAGCCAGAAAUGCUUGUCAUAUCUGGGUGCUUGAAAGGUCUUACUGCUUUGCUAGUGAACUUUCCACCAACGGGUGAUUAGAUACAUCAAGUUCUUGCAGAACUUUUUAGUUACACCAGGAAAGCAAUUGAUCCUCAGGUCAGAUUAGCACGAUAUGAUGUGCCCAAAGGAGGUCUUGCCUUGCUAGCACGACAUGCUGGCUUGUUUCCUGAAUAUCUCACAAAAGACCAUCAGGGCGUGUAUGCUGUCAUGUUCAAAUGGUGUAAUCAUGUUAACAAAGACAUGAAAUUUGCUGCUUUUGAUGCAUUGGAAGCAUUCCUACAACAGGUUUCUCAGCAAAUAGUUGAUGGAGGUCAAGCAAAUGAAGCGAGCAUUUCAGUCUUCAAGACUUUUAUUCGGAUAUUUCAAGAUCUCAUUGAGUCUACUACAACAGGAACAAGGGAAAUGUCUAUAGCAGUCAGAGGUUAUGGAUAUUUUGCUGCACCUUGUAAAAUGUUGAUGAAAGAUGAAGAUGUCAAAUUCAUGUUUGAUCAGAUGAUCAGAAGAAGUGAACACCUGUUUACAAGUGAAGGUGAAGUUUUGGAAGAAAAAAUCUAUCAUCUUCCCAACUUCCUGACAUCAUUAGCAAGCAUAAUCAAGGAAAUACACAAUGUUACUGGUGACUUUCUGGGAUCUCUGGAACGACUUGUUGUGUUGCUGUUUGAACAUUUUCCAAGACUAAGUCCUUCUAUUCGUGUUGCUGCAUACCGGGCAGUCAAUAGACUUUUUGCUAUUAUUGCACAACGAGGUGGCCUAUUGAAGACGUUUGUGUCAAGCAUUGUUUACCAAGGCUUACUCAGGACAUUUUCUCAUCCAGUAUCACUUCAAGGUGUCACCACUUUUGCAGAAGGAAGUGCCACAAAGAAUUCAACUUCCUACAAUGAUUAUGUUGAUUUCUGGUUUCAUAUCAUGGUACCUAAACGACAUGAGGAAGCAGCUGUUAGUCAUCUGUCUCCUACAGAGCGUCAAUAUCUUUACACAACCUUAUAUGAUAGUCUGAUUGAGUCUGUGUUGAGAAUUGUUCGCAAGCUUGACCUAUCAGCAACUAAAACAUCAGAUGAGGUGGAUUCUGAGGACAGCAAAGAGUCAGACUCUACUUUUGUUUCUCCACUGGCUGUGUCAGAUCUAACGGCCAACCUCCAAGCAAAUGUAGUAAAGGACUUUUAUGUGUUUCUCAACUUGGUAGAUUUCUGCAGAGCUGUCUUGCCUGUGGUAGAGCCUCAUCGGUUUAGAAGAUGGGUGUAUGUGUUUAGUCGUGAACUCAUCUCAAUGUCGGCGAAACGACCACUUGUAAGUGGUUUCUACAAACUAUUGGCAACCGGUCUGACAAUUUGUGCAAAGAUUAGAUACUUUGAAUCGCAGGUCAGUUAUGAUAGAGUAUUAAUUGAAUUCUGCUCCAAUAGUCUAUGUAUAUUCUGUUACUAUAGUCAGGCAGUUAUUUGCUCUAAUAUUGCACAAGGGGCAUCGGACUUGUCAUUAAUAGAGAGUGAAUCUAUGGAAACAGAUGCUGUUGAAGUUACGGAAAAGAGCUUUUGUUUCACUUUGUUUCGCAAGUUCCUGAAAGAAGUUUUAGAAAGACUCAAGCAAUACAAACAUGAUCUCCAGCUGUCAUGUUUGAAUCUCAUUCUUUCAGCUCCUAAAGAGUUUGUAGAGACUGAUAUUCAUGCAGUAGUCUCUGCAGUGCAGAUUGCAUUAGAGUUGGGUGUGAGCUACAUCGCUCUUGCCGAGUCAGCAAUCAUUGCUCUUGAGUCAUGGACAAGAGAGCUGCCAUUAGCUCUGUUUAAACCACAUCUUCCACAUAUCUUGCCGUGUCUGGAUGCGUAUCUUCAGAGUGCAGCUGAGACAGAUUCAUUCGCUGAAGAAAAUAGGGACGUUGUUACUUUGUGUUCUCGAGGAUCAUCUAGUUCUCGUGGUAAAGGUAAAUUUCCUGUGAAAGUUCUAAAGGCUCUGAAGGAAGGCAUGGCAAGCAAUGAGACACCACUACGCAAGUUGCGUUUGCGUAUUGCUCAAUUUCUUGGUUCUCUCGGUGGAGAGCACAAUGUCAGUCUUGUGGACACGACCGACAAAGAGUCACUCAAAUCAGCAAUUGCAUGGGACCCCGAGAAACGACUAGACUUUGCUAUACCUUUUCAUGACAUGAAGCCAACUAUCUAUCUCGAUCCAUUCUUGCCCAGAGUUACUGAAUUGGCAUUGACUGCUACUGAUCGACAAACAAAGGUGGCAGCAUGCGAGCUUCUGCACAGUAUGAUGGUAUUUCUAAUUGGUAAAGGAGCAAUUCAGCCCGAGACCACCAAGGGCAAGUCUCUGAUGAUUGCUUUAUACAAACGCAUUUUUCCAGUCAUUAUGGGAUUGUCAUGUGAUGUGGAAAAGGUUGCAGUACAGCUCUUUAGACCGCUAACGUUUCAGCUCAUUCACUGGUUUACAGGCAACAAGAUGUACGAAAGCCCAGAAACUGUGAUUCUACUGGAGGUGAUCAUGGACUGUGUUGUUGACUCAAAGAAUACCUCUGUUCGUGAUUUUGGCUCGGAGUGCAUCAGAGAGUUUCUGCACUGGUCAAUCAAACAGACAACACCAAAGCAAUUAGAGAAAAGGCCUUACAAUGUGAAAUCUUUGUUACUCAGACUCCAGAGUCUUUCUCAACAUCCAAAUCCAUUCAAGAGACUAGGCGCUUCCAUUGCCUUUAACAACAUCUACACGAUCUUUAGAGAGGAGGAGAGGCUUGUUGAUUUGUUUGUGCUGGAUUUGCUUGUCGCAUAUGUGUACAGUUUACGAAUGGCUCACAAGGACGACAAGUCACUUGGAACUCAAGAGCAGUGCACGCACGUGAUCAUACACUUGGAAAGAAUGAUCAAAGCUAAAUCUGCACUUCUACUGAAAGGCAACAAGGAUCGACGAAAACCUCGAGGAUUUCGUGAAGCGAAUAUUGGAUAUCUUAUUGAGUGGCUCUUAUCACAGUGUGGUAGACCAGAAACUGAAGCCAGACAUGUUUGCAUGAGACUCUUUUGCUCGUUGGUGCCACAUGCAUCCAAUCGGGAAACUCCAAAGAGCUGGAUGCUGAAGGGACUGCAGCAGUUUUCAGCUUCAUACUUCAACAAGAAAUUUGAGUCAGCUGGAAGUCGUGGUGGCAUUUGGACGUAUCCAGAUUGUCUUACCAUUUGUAGUAGCUUCUCACUGGAUCAGCUCGUCUCAUGGUUGGAGGACUUCUUGGCUGCUUUAGAUUGCUACACUUGGGUGCUUGGUGAAAGACUUCUAAGUCUCACGCAGAUACUUCCUGGUGGACAGACUGAAAAUAAGUCCCGCUUAUUUCAUGCAUUGAGCUGGUUUGUAAACAACCUUGCACUGAGCGAUAUCAGUGGUGCACAGAAGUUGUUUGAACAGUCAAGUGUGCUAAAUCAACAAGUGUUUACACCAAUGGAAGUGGAUUGUUACAACAAGCUCUCGUGUUGUAGAACAAAAUGUACUGUUGUUAUUCGGCUGUUUGACUUUAUCACUGUUUGCUUGGUUUCUCAUGGUUCUGAUGUAAUGAAGUCGUUUCCAGACUCUUUUUGGAGUGAAAAACUGAUUGAAUUAAUUGCCACUUGCGUACUCAAUUCGACAACUUUGGGAUUUGAUGUAACUGAUGUGGAGGUGGCAGAAAAUCUGCCACUGAAAGUGUGUUCAUUUGCUAUGGUGCAACUUUGCUCUUCUCUUUCUCACUUUCUGAAGAAAUCAGAUCGCCUGCACUUGCUAACUAAUUGCUUGUUUGCCCAACUGAAGAGUGACAAACUGCUCGACCUUUUGCCACAUGUUCUUCUGACUGAAGGUGUUAGUUGGGAAGUACAUCAAGCUGUGUCAGGAUGCAGACAACUUCAUAGGAGUCGUGUACCUUUCUCACAAUUAAGUGAUUGUCUUCUUGACACUGUGGCAUUGUCAGUGAAGCCAGAAGCCGGCUCAUGCUCACACACCAUUUUAUCUCCAUCAGCUCUAGGAACCUAUAGAGAGUUGCUGCAGUUGGCGUUAGAGGUUGGAGUAGAGCCAGGAAAGCUGAUAGCAUGUCUUGAUGAAAAAUUUCAGGUGUUGUCUAGGGGAGAAGUCUACACAAUAUGUUUGUUCUCUCCAGUUCACACUGAGCCCAUCUCAGUGGGACUAGUAUUCUACUGGACGUUUCAGAAUGAACUCAACCAGUACAUAGCACAGGAGUCUUCAACAAUACUACCUCUGAUGCUUGAACAAGCAGCCAGCAACUUUCAGUUGGUUUCUGCUGUUAUUGGAGAUGUUCUAGACUGCAAAGACAAGGAAAUGCGCAAGAAGCAUGGCAGAAAUGUUGUGACAUCUCUAGUUGCUAAUUGGUCAAAAUUGAGCUCCUGGUGGAGUGACAGUAGGACAACUGACACCAAGAGACUUGUUGUCAGUCUGUUAAAGAAAGCAAUUUUACUGGACAAGAAAUUUUUGUUGGACUCUACUGUAGUGGGAUUUGCGAAUGUGUUUAAGACAUACUUGCUGCUGCUUCAAGAUUCUACUACAAGUUUAGGUUUCAAGGUGACAGUGUUGGAGCUUCUGUCAUCAUUUGCGAUUGUAUCAGAACCUUAUCUCUCUGACCUACAGAAAAGUCUUCAACAUUUUGUUGCGAACAACUUUCCACUGAAUUCAGCUGAGUUUGAUGUUGGAACAACUACUUAUCGUGAUUAUGUGUCUGCGAUUGAUAAGAUUCUGAUGGCAUUGGUGCUGUCUGGAAGUGUAAUGAUUUUGAAGAUAUUGAUCUCGUUUAUGUGUCGUGAAAGACGGCACAUUUAUGAAGAUCAGAUACAAGAUUGUCUUGUGAAGUUUGCAAAGAGGGUUACUGGUGAGAAAGCAAGGAGGGCUAUUGACGUUUGUUAUGAACACUUUAUUGCUGAAACUAUUCAUCAGGAUGAAGUUCGACGAGCUGUUGUUGAACGAGUUUUGAUUCCUGUGCUGAAGCAUGUUGACAAGAUCACUGUCAUCAACUUCUUUGUAGCUCACAUUGGAGACAUGAUGGAAGCCAUGACACGGCAAUUAGGCAAACAUGCUGCUGCUGAUUUGACUUCCCAGUUGACUAGUCGUUUGUGCACAUGUGAAAUGUUGUCACUUCUGUAUGAACGACUUCCUGCUGCAGAACUCUCAUCUCCUGAAAGUCGUGUCAACAUUGCAUUCUGUCAGAAGUUUGGACGAACUGUAGAACAGGGCAAGGAACUUACACGAGAAAUUACAAGAGUGUGCAAUGCUGUAAAGGCUGAAGACUUUUGUGGUGAAACUGACCACAGAGAACUUAGACGUCAAUACAGAUGUGCUGCUUACAAUACACUUGUUGCACUCAUUUGUUGCACUCAGACAGAGCAGAAGUUUUACACUGGAUUUCUAUUCAAAGAAGAUGUUGUCAAACAUCAAUUGCUUUGGGACAAUCUCAUUGAUGCAGAAAAGAAGUAUAAGUUUGCAGCGGAACUGGAGUCUCCUAUGCUUCACAGAAGGAAGCUGAGCGCAAUCCACCAGCAGGCUAGAGAUGAAGAGGACGAAUCUUCUCAAGAGCAACGACAUAUUCCACAUUAUCUGUCGUCACAGUUUUUAGCAGACAGCAGUUUGCGAGAGGAAGUGAAUCAAUUUGAUUUUUCAAGUAUCUCACAGAUGUCUCUUAGUCAACAGUCACAUUCAUUGUCUGACACAGCCAAUGAAGAAUCAACUAAGUCUCAGUUUCUUAUCACUCAGGAACUCAUUGAGGAGGAUGAGCUAAAUCGACAUGAAUGUAUGCCCGUCAUCUUACAUCUGAUAGAUCACAUGGUCUACAACAAAAUUACUCCAUCUUAUGAUGAGGCUAAGCAAGCUUCAGAGAUGCCACAAUGGAUGAGUUGCCUUCAGAAGAAAAUGACUGAUCGUGGAACAACAACAAAUGUUCGCCUGUUUCUUGCCAGAGUUGUCAUCAAUCGUCCAAAGGUGUUCCAGCCAUAUGCCAAGUUUUGGCUUAUACCGAUGGUGGAGUUCAUUAUUUCAGGAUCACUUGGUACUUCAGGAUUGAAUAGUUUUGUCAUCGACUUGGUUGUUACUCUUCUCUCUUGGUCUCCUGCCAAACUUGAAGAUCGAUAUCUUGCUAGCCGGCUUGUCGAGUUUCUUAUGACUCACUGCCAUCAUGAAACUCGAGCCGUACUAAGGAAUAAUCUUGAAGUGCUCAAGUCUCUAGUAGAAAGCUGGAAGGAAUACGUUACAGUUCCAACAAGGGUAAUCUAUGACAACUUGAGUGGAGCUGACUUCAAUGAAAUGAGAAACCGCACAGGAAUUCAACUGUUGGGAGUUGUUCUUGCAAACGGAUUGUGUCCGUUUGAUGACUCCAUCAAUGUGGACAAAGAAACGUUCUUCAAAGCCUUAGCAGCGAAUUUAAUGUUUAAGUUCAAGGAUGUGUAUGGUGGAGCUUCAGCCGUCAUUGGCAUGACUAUGAGUCAUUUGAGUGAUCAUGAAAAUACAAGUGAUACUGCUCUACACGAUGAAGUUGCGAAAAGGUUGUCAGCUCUUGCAGCAACAAACCAAGCUGCUGAUACUGAUCGUUUUAUCACAUGCUUACAUUUGAUUCAAGAGCACUGUCCAGAAUUUGCUGAUCGGUUUAUCAGUAAAGUGUUGUUUUUGUUGCGGAAUGUUCAUGGAGAUUUCAAGACAAAAUGUCUAGAAAUUGUCUGCUCUAGGGCAACAGAAAUCCCAAACCUUUUUGUAGAGCUAAAAGCAAAAGGACUGUCAAGCAUGCUACAGCACAGAGAUGACAAUGCUCAGCAGGUUUCACUUUCUAUUGUCCAUCGUAUUCUUCCAAACUUGUCUCUGUCUGAACUGAAGUCUGUUGUCCCAGACGUUCUUGCAUCAUCAACACAUACCAGUGUAGCAUGUAGAGAGAAAGUCUACCAGAUUCUCAUCUGGUUGUUUGACUCUUUCCAUGGGCAAGAAGAUUUUGAGAACGACGAUCAAGGAAAGAGUAUGCUUGCAUCAGUGAAAACGCAACUUCUCAAGGGUCUUGUGGAUGAGAAUGAAGCGUUGAGGCUUGAAAUAUAUGCAUUUUGGAACCAAGAGACUAGGCUAUCAUCAGACACUGUCAAUCGUUUGACACAACUGUUAGCUGUUUUGUAUUCUCCCAAGACAGAAGCAUCGUUCUUGAGCUACUCCACAAAUCUCAUACUUGAGCUAACAUCUCGAAGUCCAGAUUACUCACGAAGCAUGUUUGACUAUCCCUUGUCUGAGUGCAAGUUUGAGGACAAGAGCAUUGAUUUGUCAUGGCAGACACGGCACAUGCUAAUGGUACCAUUGUUUGCUGCCACGCAAAGCCAAGGCGACUUGUCGCAAUCUGUAAUGAGUGGAAUUCGAGCCACACAACAGGCAAUGGAUUUUACUCCAACUCAACAAGGAGGGAGUUACAAUUGGCUUCAACCUGCUACUCAAAGCCAAAAUAUUUCAUUUACUGUUGGUUCUAGCACUGAGCAGCAAAGUCAGUCAGCUCUUCUUUUCAGUGCUUUGCCUAGGCGUCGUCCUGGUAGACCUCUGGGAGAAGGUUUUGGUACUACUCGUCUUCAGCAGGCUGACACUGUAGAUGGUGCAACUCAGCCACUUAGCUCUCAGAGCACUGAUGUUUUGAAGUUGAAGAGGCGUUUUGUGAAGGACAAGACAGCUUCAUCAGCAUACUAUUCUAGGCUUGAAGAGAGGAAAAAGAAGGAUAGACUUGAAAGGUUGAAAAGACAAAAGGCGGCUCGUAACUCCCUUGUGGUCAUGUAUCGCAAAUAUCGUGAUGGUGACUUGCCGGACAUACAAAUUAAACAUUCAGAGCUAAUACGGCCAUUGCAGGUAUUGGCUCAAAACGACAGUCACAUGGCUCGGUUGCUUUUUGUUGCUGUAUUUCGGGCAAUUUAUGGUGGAAUUGACACAUCACUCACAGAAGCAGAUGCUGAGGGGACUCGACAGGCACUGCAAAAACAACUGAACACAGUGUUAGAUAUGUCAACUCAGUACUUUCCACCAUUUAUUGGUGCAGUCCAGGAUGUCUGUGUUUACAUCCAGGAGUUGACGCUUCAGCCUGCAAGUGUUGGUGUUUCUUCACUUGCAAGCCUUCAGCAAGGAGUUGGUAUUCAACUGUUGGAAAAUCAAUUGCUGAAAGGUUUGUCAACAACAAUUGAACGUCCAGCAAAACGAGCACGAGCAGAGGUGGCAACAUCUCCUGAGACAACAGGAGCGUGGAUUGAGCUUGCUAAGCUGUACAAGUCGAUCAAUGAUUAUGAUGCUGUGAGAGGCAUUUUCCAGUCAGAAGUUGGAACUAAAGAUCUGACAAAGGAGGCACUAGAGGCUGAGGGCAGAGGCGACUACGUUGCUGCAUACAUGAAACUAAAAGAGGCUUGUCAAGUAGAGGAUUGGCCUGAUGGGGCUCCAAUCCAAGAAGAACAGGAUUUGUGGGAUUUGUCCAUAAUGUCUAGUUACAGCAAAUUGUUGAGGUGGCCAGAUCUUGAGCAGUUUGCCUUGCAAUUAUGCCAUGAGAGUGAGAGUGAGAAUCUAACCAUGGAGGCUGUCUGGAAUGAUGUUUACCAUCAGGAAACGACUCUACCAUAUCUCCUCCGAUGCAAGUUGAAGCAGGCAUGUGCAAGACAUCAUGACCCCGAUCUUCUUAGAUUUGUAAAUAAUGCAUUGCAAGAUCAGCAGUGCAGAGCACUGUUGGAGGGUCGUCAUCACGAGGAGUUGUGUUUACUUUUUAUUUUGCAAGAUGAUUUGGAUCGUGCACGUUACUAUGCAUAUCAGUGCUUGAAUUCCUUCUUACAAGAAUGGGCUGCUAUAAGCAGAUUGGUUACAUCUAGUCGCUCAGUUAGGCUGCAGUCACUGCAAAAGAUCACUGAAAUGAUGGAAUUCUUGGACUUUAUGCAAGAUGAAGGCCACUUUGACUCGGGCAGGGACUUUGAACAUCUUUUGAGCACAUGGCGUGGUCGUUUGCCUCAUCCUGUUAUCGACUCGGUUGAGAUAUGGGACGAUGUCAUUGUUAAUAGGUUAUUAAUGAUGGAUAAAGUGAUUGCAAGGUUUGAACAAACUUCUGGUGCUUCCUUGGACAUGUCAGGAGAUGGAGAGCUUGGUUUAGCUGGGCUUCAGACUUUGGUGUGGAAAGACAGCAUUCAGUUGUAUCUCAGAGGUGCUGAUUGUGCUUCUCUUCAGCUUAAUUACACGGCUGCUAAACGUUACCUUCUACAGACAAAGAAGCUCAUCAGUGAGAAAGAGAGAACUAGCAGUCAUAAGGAAUUUGGUGUCUUGUGGAUACACGGAGUCACUAAAAUGCAUUGCCAACGAACGUUUCUGGACCCAACACCCGAGAACAUUGGCUCUUUAAUGGCUACACUUCCAGAGUUGGAUAAGUUUGGUCAGGAUCAAGUUUUGUUGGAUCGACAUCAUCUGCGGCUGCAGCAUUGUAUGCUAAAGUCCAAGCUGUUUGAGCACGUAGCCUCAUCAUUGGCAGCAGAAGGUGAAUUGCUAUUGGAGAGUUUGGGUGACUCAAAAAUUAACCUGUUAAUUUCAUCUGUUGGUGGCACAAAGGAUAUGUCUAUAGAACAGCUACGCCAGAAGGUAUUUUGUGCAGCAUAUGAUUUAUUGAUUAAAAGUAAAGAGGCAGCAAUGGCAGAACGAGCAGAGUCUCAUUCUCAAAGAAUGCAGGAAGCUCUUCUUGCAUUGGCCAUCUUCUGUGAUAGAGCACUGAGGAGGCAAGAGGAUGAAGAUUCUGUUGAUGAAGAUUCAUCACAAGGAUUAAACAUACAAGAAUAUCCCGGUCUUGUUGUUGACUGUCUUCUUGAUGCUAUGCAUUAUGGGUCAGUGGAAGCUCAGCAGCAAUUUCCACGAAUUCUUCAGCUUGUAGAGAUAUAUUCAGCGACUCAGUCUCAACUUUCUGCCAAAGCAGUACACGUUCCUUCUUGGAUGUUCAUAGCAUGGAUCAAUCAGAUGGUUGCUCUUCUUGAUAAACCUGAAGGUCUAGCAGUUGUGGAGAUCCUAACUCGCAUUGCAAAGGAAUACCCUCAGGCUCUCUGUUAUGCAUUUAAGACUAGUAAGCCUAGUUUCCAGUUUGUUGAGACUGAGAUUGGAGCAAAAUGUCAUGAUGCUGUUAGAAAUCUGGAGGCUUUACUAAAUACACAACUAAUUGAUAGCUUUGUGACUGCCUUGGAGCGUCUGACAGAGCCAGAAUUUAUGUUGAAGUUCUGGCAAGAAAAUGAAGUUAGGCCUUUGAUGCAAGGGUCGGUCAAGUCUCGAAACUCUUCAGCAAUACGUCAGUGCUUUAAGCAAUUCUAUGCACAGUGUCUUGAUGUCGACUCUUGGAGUCUACAAGUGUCACAAGGCACGGAUGAGUCAAUGGAAGCUGGUCAUCUGCAUAUUGAUUUUGCUAAGAACUAUCGUUCAAACAUUGAAAAGAAAUUUGGUAAGGACGGGGCUAGGCUGACUUCUAUGAGCAUGAAGGAUUUUAUGGGAUUUUGCAACGGAGUGGUUGAAGAAGCCAAGAAGGUUCGACGCACUGGAGCAAAUCAGCUAAAGACAUACUCGCCUUGGUUGAGUCAAUUCAAAGGUGACAGGUAUUUGCUUAAGUUGGAGAUACCUGGUCAGUAUCAAGGAAGAGCAAAACCACUGCCAGAUUACCAUGUGAAAAUUGCAGGAUUCGAUCCUACAGUAAGAAUUAUGCCAUCUUUGAGAAAACCCAAAAGAAUAACAAUACUUGGAGAUGAUGGAAAAGAAUAUCGGUAUCUGGUGAAAGGAGGUGAAGAUCUCCGUUUGGACCAAAGAAUAGAGCAGCUGUUUAAAAUCAUGAAUGGAAUUCUUGCUGCUGACUCUGGCUGCUCACAGCGUCAAUUGUCUUUGAGAACAUACGAAGUCAUUCCCAUCUCCAACAGAAUGGGAAUCAUUGAGUGGAUGGACAACACUAUUCCUCUGAAGGAGUUUCUUGAAAGUGCAAUGAAUGUUCAUGAACAGCAGAACAAAAAACUUCCAAAGGAGAAGCACAUGAAAUGGCUUGAAAAAUUUAGUCCAGCUCAACCUCUAGUUCUUCAGUACAGAGCAAUGUACAAGAAAGCGACUAGAGACAAUGUGAAGACAAUGUUUGAUUCAGUGCAGGCUGCUGUACCUUUUGAUCUUUUAAAACGAGGCUUCUUAAACAUGGUUGCAUCACCCGAGGCAUUUUUAGCUGUUCGUUCAUUGUUCGUUCGAAGUCAUGCUUGUCUCAGUAUUUGCAACUAUGUCUUGGGAAUCGGUGAUCGGCACUUGUCCAAUUUCAUGAUAGAUCAGAGCACAGGAGGAAUGAUUGGCAUUGACUUUGGUCAUGCUUUUGGAUCUGCCACUCAUAUCUUGCCUUUGCCUGAACUAAUGCCAUUCCGUCUUACAAGACAAUUUUUGUCACUGUUGCAACCCCUAAAAGAGGAAGGGCAGAUGAGAAACGCAAUGGUUGCUACUAUGCGUGCAUUGAGCAAAGAUCCAUACUUGCUGUUGAAUACUGCUGAUGUGUUUAUUAAGGAACCUCUUCUCGACUGGAAGUCGGCUGCUCGGCGUCAUGAACAGCAUGGCCACGUAAAUAAAAGAGAGUCUAGUGAUGAGUCAUGGUUUCCUCGUCAGAAAGUUGCUCAACUUCGGAAGAAAUUGAGUCGAUACAAUCCAUCUCAUCUGACAAGAGAUGACUUGAAACUGGGACACAGCUCUUCAGAGGAAUACAAGAGUCUUGAGAAGAUCCUUCUAGGCGAUCAAAUGUACAACCUCCGCGCUCGAUGUGGUUCUCAGUGUCGAGACAUAGAAGAACAAGUUGCUUGUCUGGUUGAUCAGGCCACUGAUCCUAACAUCUUAGGUCGAACAUACUUGGGAUGGGAGCCAUGGAUGUAGCAUGUUGGUCACACAGUUUGUGAGUAUAAGUCUGCUUUUGAAACAUUUGGACUGCACGUGUGUGAUUGGUAGUGUAAACACGUGCAAACACUAUUACUAAGUUGUGUUUUGGUUUUGACUGAU